CCGGAAAUUGUGCUUUUUGACUUUGUGACUGCACAUCUGACUGGCUGUCCCAUCUGAACGAGUAUAAACUGUGCUCAACUGGUAUUUGAGAUCCUUUUUGGUCGUCCCCAAUCAUGUCGCCAUCCCCUCAGGAGCUAGCUUCAAGGCUGAAUCAAUCUGGUAAACAACGACAGAAGCGAUGGGUCACUAGGACCAGAACAGGGUGCAUCACUUGCAGAAUCCGGCAUAUUAAAUGCGACGAAACCAAGCCGAGUUGCCAGAGAUGCACAUCCACUGGUCGGAAAUGCGAUGGGUAUCAAGACCCGCGCGCUAAACAGAUUACCCGCCGCAAAAGCAAGACGGCCCAGCCAGAUGGUCUGCUGCAAAUGCCCUCUGCGUGGAGCUUUAUUGGCGGUAAGCCAAUGAAUCAUGAACAUUUUCACUACUUUGUAGUUGUUACUGCUCCCACCUUGACUGGCUACUUCAACUCGGGAUUUUGGUCCUACACGUUGCCCCAGAUUUCAUACUCCUAUCCGGCUCUCUGGCAUGCUAUUACCGCGCUGGCUUCUUUGCAUAGAGACUUCUUGGAAGAUGUGGCGCCACUUGCUAUUACGCAGGAUUGUAGGACAGUCAGGGUUCGAUUUGCGUUACAGCAACAUACCAGAUCUAUACAAUCCUUGAGGGAGUUGAUAUCCAAGCCGUGCUUGACGGCCCAUGACAAGAUGGCUGUUCUAGCGACCUGUAUUAUAUUUAUCUGCCUAUUAAGUCUGCAGGGGUCUCACUCUCAGGCCAUGGCACAUGUGGCCAGUGCUAUGGUCCUAUGUCAGCAGUGGAAUAGAGAGUUCCAGACCCAUCCUCAUGCAUCUGAGACUAUAGCUUCCGUCAUGCUUCUUCUAGCCCAACUUGACAGCCAGGUCCGCCAGAUCUUUUCGAUUCAAGGGUUAAUUGUCCCAUGGACUACUGAGUUUAAUUUACCUAUCGCUGAAGGGUGUUUUACGUCCCUCGAUGAAGCACACGUUUCUCUGGAGGUCAAUGUCAACAACCGCGCAUUGCAGCUUUUAACAAGCGGCUAUGAUACCUCUGCACCGGAAGCGCUUGCCAAGAAGGAAUAUUGUCUUCACGAACUUUAUCGUUGGAACUCGAAACUGGAAACAUAUAUCGCCAUUUCACAGCACGAGACGGACAACACAGCCGUGAAUGUUCUCUUCCUGCGCCGCUUGUACGCCAAAGUAAUGCUGUCCUUGGACCCAUCCAAAGGCGAGCUAGCACAUGACGUCUUUAUCGAUGACUACGCGCAGAUGCUUGACCUGGCAAGCAGAAUCCUCGAGAGCCUGAACACUCCUGUAACGGUGGAGUUCGAUCCCGGUUCGAGACACGCGCAACAACGGCACUUCAGUGUAGAAAGUACAGUGACAGAGACCCUGUUCCUGAUCGGGGUGCGUUGCCGUGAACCGACGAUACGAGGACGGGCGCUGGAGCUGAUGAGGCUCUACCCACGCCGCGAAGGCAUGUGCGGGACGAUGUUAGCUCUGAAACUCGGGGAGACGCUUGCCGAAAUCGAAGGGACAGCAUGUCAAAACGCCCCACCGGGUUCGUGCAGCGAUGGACCAUGGGUGUGUGCUGAUCAUCGGGUGACAAACAUACAGUGUAAAGAUGUCUCUGAUCGGAAAGUUGCCGUGCUGAUGAGAACAGCUGGAGAGGAAAAGCGCGGUUUCGAAGGGAAUUGGUUCGUAUUCCAUAAGACAUGGUAGCUGCAUCGUCCGUUCCCAUUACUUACUAGGUAGAGAGCGGUAUCAUCUCUACUUGCAAGGAUAUAGAAGAAUUGCUAUGAAGUAUACCUGUUUCAGGAUAAGCGUCAAUUGAUAUUUAGGAAUCCAUGAUUAAUUUAUCAGGUGUUGAUAACUAUCUAUUGAUGCUAUCGGCACUAUCGGCAUUCGGCCC